GGCUAAAAUGGAUGAACAAAUUGCAGUACUUGAUAACUGGGAUGACUUCUGUAGCAGUUUAGACAAGAAAAUGAUAAUAAUGUCCCCUUAUUGUGGUGAGGUAUCAUGUGAGGAUCAAAUUAAAAAAAUGAGUACCAGGGAAGAGGCUAUAGAGCCAGGGGCACCUGCUAUGGGAGCUAAAGCUCUUUGUAUUCCUUUCAAGCAACCAAAGGAGUUAUCCAGUGAUGCUGGCUGUGUGCGUAGAAGAUGUGAUAAUAAAGCAAAAUAUUAUACACUUUUUAGACGUAGCUACUGA